UGUGAAUGUGAACACAACACAUGCGGGGAGAGCUGUGAUCGGUGUUGCCCUGGUUACAACCAGCAGCCCUGGAUGGCGGGAACCUUCAACACCCGACAUAUCUGUGAGAAGUGUAACUGCCAUGGUAAGGCAAAGGAGUGCUUCUUUAAUCAGACAGUAGCAGACCUUUCACUCAGCCUGGACAUCCACGGUCAGAAUAAAGGAGGCGGAGUCUGCAUCGGUUGCCGUGACAACACCGCUGGAAUCAACUGUCAAACAUGCCUUGCUGGAUUCUACAGACCUGAUGGCGUGAACCCUGAGGAGGAGGACCCCUGCAUCCCCUGCUCGUGUGACUCGCAGGGCUCCAUCAGCGAGUCAUGUUUUGCAGAUUCAAGCCAUGGCCAGCCAGCAGGGUCGUGCCGGUGUAAGGAGGGUUUUGGGGGUCUGCGAUGUGACAGGUGUGCAGUGGGUUAUAUGGGCUUCCCAUCCUGCCAGCGCUGUAACUGCAGCGUGGAAGGAAGCACCAACGCUGACCCGUGCAUAACACCCUGCGUGUGCAAGGAAAACAUUGAAGGAGAGAACUGCGACCGCUGUAAACUCGGAUUCUACAAUCUCCAGGGUGAAAAUCGACGUGGCUGCGAAAAGUGCUCCUGCAUGGGCGUGGCCAGUCAGUGUACUGCCUCCACAUGGACCUAUCAGAAUGAGACGAGCCUGACAGGUUGGCACCUGAUUGGUGAUACCGGAAGAAGAGUGUGGUCUGUUCACAGAGAGACUCCUCCAUACCUGAGUGUCCGACACUCCGACGUUGUGAAUGAUCUCGGCUCGGCCUACUACUGGAACGCACCUGGAAUGUACCUGGGGAACAAGCUUACAGCCUACGGAGGGAGCGUGGUGUACUCUGUGUCUUAUUCUACAGACCAACAGGAACAAAGACUCAUCAGAGUCACUUCAGAACCCGACCUGAUCAUAGAGGGAGGCGGGAUCAAGAUCAUCGACAGACGUUAUGGCCAGCCUCUGUACCCAUCCUCUCCGAGCCCCAAUCAGAUUGCUCUCCUCCCGGAGAACUUCCUGGUUUCAGAGACCGCACAGCCGAUCAGUCGGAGGGAUUUUCUGUCUGUGCUGGCUAAUGUGAACAAAGUGAUGGUGCGGGCCUCUUAUAGCACAGAGACCAGCGCUGUGUACAGACUCCACUCAUUCUCGAUGCAGGAAGCUAAUCCCGCUGCCAGAGGAGAGAAGAGAGCUUCAGCUGUAGAAAUCUGCUCUUGUCCACCUGGAUAUGCAGGAACUUCUUGUGAGGCUUGUAUUCCUGGUUUUCGAAGGGUUAACGGGAAUCUUUACAACGGAGUGUGUGAAGCUUGUCAAUGCAGCGGACACGCUACACAAUGCCAUGAAGUCACAGGACACUGCCAGGACUGCUUCCACCACACCACAGGCCCCCACUGUGACACCUGCCUACCUGGUUACUAUGGCAAUGCCACUCAUGGGACACCUACGGACUGUCACCGAUGCAGUUGCCCGCUCAGUCUUCUGAGCAACAAUUUCAGCCCCACCUGCCACCUGAGUGAAGAAGGGGAGAUGCAGUGUGACCAGUGUCAGCCUGGAUACACAGGGCAGCGAUGUGACAGAUGUUCCAACGGGUACUACGGCCGGCCGACUGUGCCAGGGAGUUACUGCCAGCCCUGCGAUUGCCAUGACAACUUGGAUCUCUCCAUACCUGGCAGCUGCGAUCCAAUCACAGGCCAGUGUCUGCGCUGUCGCCAAGGAUAUGGCGGCCCAGCUUGUGACAGUUGCGCUGAAGGUUACUACGGAGACGCAAUCACAGCCAAGAACUGCCAACUGCUGAUCGGCUGCUCGUGUCUGCGAGUUGGAGGGCUGUUAUCGAUCCUAGACGAAUGA